AAAGUCUCAACAUAAUUUCCGGGAAUCCAGUUGGGAGUCCACCGCUCACCGUAAAAGUGUCCACCAGGAAUAUUAAAAACCUUUGCUUAUUUCUUGAAAUCAUUUAGUUAUCACAAGUUAAGUGUAAACAUCAACAUCAACAAAAACAUCGCCAGCAAGAUGAAGUUUUUUAUUAUUAUUGCUUUGGUCAUUGUAUCGACCUCUGGACAGAUGAUUCGACCUGCAUCACUUCCAGGUCUCAUCUCAAUUGUCCGUUUCCAAAACACUGCCUGUAAUGGUGAAAACGGAGACUCAGGUACCUGUUUAGCCGAACAGGAAUGUGCUCGACGAGCUGGAACUAACAUUGGCCCUUGUGCCAACAACUUCGGUGCCUGUUGUUCAUUCAAAUUCACUUGCGGUGGAACAACAAGUCAAAAUGAGACCACUUUCGUUAAUCCAUCUUACCCACGAGGUGAAAAUGGAACCGAUACCUGUCAAGUUACCAUUGAGAAACAAGCUAAAGUUUGCCAAUUGCGUCUUGACUUCGAAGAGUUCACUCUCGCUCAACCCGAUGAAAAUGGUCUUUGUACAACCGAUUCAUUCAUGGUUCGAACCACCGUUGGAGAACGUCUUCCAAUCCUUUGUGGUGAAAACGCCGGUCAACACAUCUACAUCGACAUGGGACGAGGAAGUGCCAACCCAGUUGUCCUUUCAGUUGUUUCCAACGGAGAUCGAGUUACAAGAAAGUGGAAGGUUAAGAUUAACAUGAUCCCUUGUAACAACCUUGACAUGGCCCCAUCAGGAUGUAUGCAAUACUACCGAAGCCCAUCAGCCAUCAUCAAGAGUUUCAACUAUGGCCCAAGGAUUGAAAGCCGAUCACGAUAUCUUUCAAAUCUUAGAUAUACUGCUUGUGUUCGAGUCGAAGAAAAUUUCUGUGCCAUCAAAUGGGAAACCGAAUUACCUAAUUCAUUCAGUUUCGGUGCUCCAUUCGAAGAACUUAGUCUUGGAAACCAAACUCGUCUUGGUGGUGCUACUGGUGGACUUUGUUCACAAGAUGAUUUCGUAGGAAUCGACCAAGGAUCAGUUGACGGAACUGGACCUGGUGAUGAUCGUUUCUGUGGUAACCGACUUCUAGAAAUGAACUCAGUCAUUUCCCGAUCUAAACCUUUCAUGCUCAAGGUCCGAUCUAAUCACGAUCAAACCCUUAACGCUGCCAACUCACAACAAGGUUUCUCACUUCGAUAUGUUCAACUUCCUUGUGUCAUCUAAUUUAAAUUAUUUAAAAUCACUAAUUUAGAAUCAUGAGAAACAAUCAAACUUUAUCAACAAAAAAAAGAAAAUAGCAAAAAAAAAAUCAAUAAUUUAUUAAGAAAACAAUUAACAGUCAACAGUUGAUUAACAAUCAAAAUCUCUCUAAACACUUAAACUUUAAACGCCGUCGAUCAACUUAAUUUUCAACAAUCAACGAACACACAAAACUUGAUUACAAUCAAAUUAUGGUUUCGCUCUCAACUGAUUAAUAUAUUUAUUAUUUAAUUACGAUCAAUAUAAGGAUAAAUCCACCCAGACAAUCAACAACAUUUGGAUAACAAUUAGCAAAUGGAUUGAACAUAUUCAAGAAAAAAACGUCAACAAGAAACAAACCCAACGAAAAACACCAACAAUUAACUUAAUUUAAUUUAUCUAAAUUAUAAUAACUUAUAUUAUUUAAUUACAUUUUCUAUUGACUAAUUGAAACAAAUCAAA